AAUUAAUUCUAAAAUUCUAUUCUAGUUAUUAGCAACAUUAUUAUAUAUAUCGCAUGUUCCAUACUUGUUAAAUUUUAUAAAACCAAGUAAAAUAUGUUGGAAUCAAAGGAUCGCUCAAAACGUUACAAAAAAGUUUCUUUUUUAGGCGAAGGAGCUUUUGCUACUGUAUACAAGGCUGAAGAUAUUGAAAAUGAAAAUUGCAUUGUAGCUGUUAAAAAGAUAAAACUUGGUGAUCGUUCUGAAGCCAAAGAUGGCAUCAACCGAACAGCACUGCGUGAAAUCAAAUUGUUGCAAGAACUUCACCAUCCAAAUAUAAUAAGACUUUUAGAUGUAUUUGGUCAUAAAUCAAGCAUAAGUUUAGUGUUUGAUUUUAUGGAAACUGAUUUAGAGCUGAUAAUCAAGGAUACUUCGCUCAUUUUAAGUCCACCACAUAUUAAAAGCUUCAUUCUUAUGACAAUACAAGGUUUGGAGUUCUUGCACUCACAUUGGGUUUUACACAGGGAUAUGAAACCAAACAAUUUGUUGUUGGAUUCAAAAGGUAUUCUUAAAAUUGGAGAUUUUGGUUUAGCCAAAACAUUUGGUUCACCAAAUCGUAUAUACACAAAUCAAGUUGUUACACCAUGGUAUCGAUGUCCAGAACUUUUAUUUGGUGCAAAGAACUAUGGGACUGGAAUUGAUAUGUGGGCAGUAGGUUGUGUUCUGGCAGAAUUAUUACUCAGAGUUCCUUUUUUACCUGGAGAUUCUGACUUGAGCCAGUUGUCAAAAAUAUUUGAAACACUUGGAACACCAACAACAGCUGAAUGGCCAGAAUUAAAAGAGUUAUCUGAUUUUGUUGAAUUUAAAAAGUUCCCACGAAUACCUUUACAUGAAAUAUUUUCUGCUGCAGGAGACGAUCUUUUGGACUUGCUCAAUCAACUUUUUCUUUAUAAUCCACUGAAGAGGAUAACUGCAUCUCAGGCUCUUAAACAUCCAUAUUUUUCAAAUCGUCCUGCACCAACACCUUGUGAAUUGCUUCCUCAACCAGGAAAAAAAUUAGCUGGUGAUGAGGAAGUUAAAUCAAUCAGUAUUUCACUUAAGAGAAAAUUAAAUGAUUCUUCAGAUCAUGAUAUUACCGCAAAAAAGUUGAUUUUCUAAAGUUUUUGUGAAACUUACCAAUGAUGAACGACAAAGCUUACCAAUGAUGAACGACUAAAUGUUUAACAAUGUUGAACCACCAAAUGCUAAACAGUAAUGAAUAGCCAAAUCCUUAAAACCAAUGGACCACUAAGUGCUUUAAAAUGAUGAUAUAUGAAAGAAUUAACGCUUAACAUCAAUAACUAUCAAGUGUAUUUCCAAGUACUUGUGAACUUUCCAAAAAUUUGUGAACAUUAUUAUUAAGUUUAAGUUAGACUUCAAUAUGAAAACACAAAAAAAUUAAA